CAAAGUACUGUUUAUGCCUUAUCCAAUCGAGAACAUCAGACAAUUCGUUACUUAUGUACAGACGGACGAUCCCGGAUUGACUUCUUUUACACACGCUUUCGAUCUGUAUCAUCUGAGUUUAAGGUACGAGUUAGACCAUUUAAGAAAGAAAUGCAGAUCAUUUAUCAUUCGGCAAAUAAAUCUGCAUACCGUCUGUGCAAUCCAUCUGUGUGAUUUUGCACGUGAAAUCGAUGACCAGGUCAUAACUUAUUAUUGCUGGAUAGCUUUCAACCAGCACGGAGGAAAACUAUUUACAACAGUCGACUUUAUGUGCUGUAAAAUUGCAACAAUUGAUAGACUGCUAUCUCGAGCGAUAUAUGAAUCAGUCAGUGAAUUGCGUUUACUCCGAGCCGUGUACCAGUGGAGCAUAGAAGAAGUUAAAAGAAAAUUGGGUGCAGACAACUUCCAUUCUAUGAAUGAAGAAUCGAAAAGAAAUGAAAUAAGAAAUGUUAUGAAGCCAUUUAUUGGAAAAGUCAGAUUUCUUGCCAUGAAUGAAGACGAAUUGCAAUCUUGUGUUUUUACAAUGAACUUGUUAAACGAAGUAAAAAAGAAUCAUAUCUGGCGUGCUUUUAAGACUGUUAAUUAUUCCUUUUAUCCCAGUUAUAUCAGUCGAGAAACAAAAACCAGAAGCGGAAUAAAUUAUUGUAACUUGUUCUCGUACGUAAAUCUUGGAGAUUCUUCUCUGGUCUCAAUCAGAGAGAUGAAAGGUUAUAUAUAUUUUAGCAGCGAAGUAGUUGUUAUGGAAGAUUGUUACGUCACGGCUCUUCGAUUUCCGGUGAAGCUUGGCGAACGUUUAUCAAUGUAUGUAUACGGGUAUAUUAAUAACAAUUUGGACAACAAGCAGAUUUCGUUUGACACCGUUUGCAAUUCAGAGGGAGUAGCAGAUCUGCAAACGAAGUUGUAUCUAGAAAAAUAUUGGUCAAUUCGUUUAUUUGCUGUGUUUUUACACGCUGGAAACGUCCAACCAUAUUUCUAGUUUUUACCUGAACUGAGUUACUUUGUGAGCGACGAAGGAACAGAUGCUAGGAAAUUUGAAGACAAAAUUCUAAUCGGUGACAGAAACCUUAUGAAUAUUAUUUACUUUUUCGUUGAUUUAUAUUUUUGAAGUCAAAAGUUUCCCUAGAGAAAAGUGAAAUCUAAACGAGAAUAUAAAGUUAAAUUCGAAUAUGAUUGUUUUUUACUGUAUCACUGUAUAAUUUCCGCAAAAUUUGUGUGUACAUGAACGAGAUAAUAAAUUUAUUGGAUUUACAGAAAAUAAAAUUGUAAUAUAAAGUGCUUAUUAAUGUAUUCUAUCUGAAAUGUAAAUUGUCGU